AAGAAUUAUCGAAACCCGGCCAAGUCCAGUCCAAACCCAGUCCAAACCCAUGAAGUCGAUAUACGAUUGGAAAUAUUAUGAUUGGAUAAGAGAGGAUAUUUAGGAUAUUCGAUGGACUCUUCAGCUCCGAAGCGCCGCAAGACGUCGCCCACGACGAAUAUUCCGAUAGGCGGUUCGACUGCGCCGUCAUCCAAAGAUGAGCCUGUCAGAAGAUCUACGCGACAUCAGAUACCGUCUUUUGCGUCGCCGACAAAGGCUAGCCUUGCGCGCUCGAACCCCGACAUUCUAGAACGGAGGAGUACAUCUAGAACUCAACCUUCGGAGGAUGCGCCCGCAGCGUCAGAAGCAGGAAGUCUCCCUGACAAUGCCCUAGGUGGUUCAGAUACUAGACAAGCAGGAGACGAUACAGAAACAAGGAGUCGUGAGGCACAACAAACGCAAUCCACCUCGGCUGAUCAACCAUGGAGUCCCGUUCGACGCGCUACAGGAGCUAUGGCCUCCAGACCACGAAGGACACCAAAUAAGCCAUCGCCGCGUCCAUUACCUGCACCUUCAGCCGAAGAAGAAGAAGAAGAAUUGAUAAACCCCUUUAAAGGUCGAGUACUACGGCGCUCUCCACCUUCCGGAGAGGCUAUACUGGAAGAACCAGAGCUCCCACCUACGCCGACACAGCAAGGCAUAUCCGACCCUGCCUCGAUCCAAACCUCUCCCGUGGGGAUUCAUAACACACCUACCAAACGUCCAAGAAGGAGUAGAGUAUUAGCCGAGCGAAUUAAGAGUUCCCCUCUAAAACAACCACCACUCCGUCAUCCCGAAUUUACAAAAGAAGCCACACGUGAAGAGUCACCAUCCCGAACGGCAGAGAGAACGCUCAGGGCACAACCACAAAGCCGGAAGAAGAGGCGAAAAUCGCAUCCAGCCCGAAAUGCUGAAGAGCCCGAUGCAUUAGCUGAGAAGAAAGCGCUGCGAGAUUCGCUACUUGCUGAAGUUGCUCGCUUAAGAUCGGAUCUGGACUUAGCAACUCGUGAGAAUACUCGCUUACACGAAUUGCAACAAGGAAGAAGAUCUAGUACAGCGCCAAAAGACCCAGAAGACAGGAAGUCUCUUCUGGAGUUACUCCGUCGACACACCCUUCCUCCUGAAGAGGAGGCGGCUCCCGAUCCAACACAAGACUGGCUUGAAGCCGCAUUAAAUCCCAUCUCAUUCCUCCCCUUUAGCAAAUCGAACUUGUCGCUUCCAUCUAUAUUUUCUCCACCGCAAAAUGAUGCUGAUGCGGAAACUGAAAAGCUUCCUAUUUCUCAUCAUCCCGUGCCGAUGGCAGCGGAAGAAGAGCUGCCUUACCUCCAAGUAUUUACCCCCUUAACUUUCACAUCUACUGUCUCGAUGAUACCCCGCGACGAUGCCGGAAAUCCGGGACCACUUAUGCAAAAAUAUACUAUAUCCGCUUCGUCAACACUGCCAGGUCUGUUUGCCGCGACAAUUGAAAUGACGGUAAACACCAAAAGGCUAUCUAUUGCUGAGCUGAAAGUUCCACGUCUUGAGCCGUCCGCGGUUGGCGAGCUGGGGCCUUUCGUGGAACGGGUCGUUAGAGGUACGGGGACCAGCGCUCUAACAAGGAAUGUUAGCGUCAUAACUUGGGCUAUGAGUGAAUGGCUCCGCGUCGCAACAAAGAGAGCUCGAUUUUGGUGUGCCGUUGAAAGGGACCUAAGAAGCAGCGAAGGGUUAGCAAAAUGCGCUAGAGAAAUGAGGACAGAUACGAGGAAGAAGGGUCGAGGCCGUCGAGCAAUGACAGCGAACGAUGAGGAUGAUGACGAUGAGCUUGAUGGCCAGGCCGACAAAAUGCGCUUCACUAAAGCUGAUAUGCUACCCCAUCUAGGAAGAACAUACCUUGACCUAGAGCUAACCAGCCUCGGCGACCCGGAGGAGGUUCCAGGUACCCGUAUUGAAUGGCGUAUCGAAUUCGAUUGGACCGGAGAAGCACGAAGCAAAAUAGGACUAUUGCUAGGGACUCCGGCGAAGUGGCAUGGGCAAGACACAAAGGGUAGCUUAACAAGUAUACCGAGCAUAUUUGACAAGUUGAUCCAAGAGAACAAGGAUCCGAUGGAAGCUCUAAAGAUAGUAGUCGCAUUGCUAGUUGGGGAAGAGUAAAGGGGAAAUAGUACAUGCAUACAAGCGAGUAACUUGAUUAGGUCAUGACCUAUUACGUGUUUAUGAGGUAUGACGAUACUUCGAGCUGUAUACCCAAUCGAGAGAAACUAAAUAGCUAGGAUUCAUCAGGUUUAGCCGAUGAGUCUCGCUCGAUGUUCCAAACUACGGCGAGGUUGCUUGGAAUAGAAGCCUCGUCGGGAUCUCUCCCCCUCGGUCUUCGUGGGCUUAGCUACAAAGAACCAUACGCAGUCUAUGAUGCAGAGUAUGAACCACUAAGUGAAAAGGGCUGAAAUUGAAAUUUGGUGGUGCUCUUGUUGAUUCUUAUGUGUCUUGGAUCAGGUAGUUAUGAGUACAGAGCCGAGAACGAGUUAAUAAACUGCC